AUAUAUAAAAGUUUAAGUAACCUUUUUAACCUCCGCGAUAGGAGAACACAAGAUAAUAAAUAGACUUACUCUCGUUUACCUACUCAUUUAUUUAUAAUUCCUAUCUCAGACGGAGCGUUGUCUUGUGAUAAUGUCUUCUGAUAGGUAUCAACUUUGGGGGGGAUGCUUCGAAGAGGAACCCUCGGCAGUGUUACGAAGAUUAAAUGACUCCUUAGCAGUUGAUUCUCGAUUAUUUCAUGAAGACAUACAAGGAAGCCUUGGUUGGGCUGAAGAGCUACAUCAGAGCGGACACCUUAAUGCUCAGGAUUAUAAGGAAAUAAAGGAUGGGCUUAAUAAGGUCGAAACGGAUGUAGAAAAGGAGAUGAAAGAUAAUGGUCGUUUAAAUGAUCCUGAGGAAGAUAUCCACUCGGUGGUUGAGCGUCGUUUGUUUAAGUAUGCUGGUGACGCCGCGCUUCGGCUUCACACAGCUCGCAGUCGAAACGACCAGUCCGCUACCGAUACAAGAUUGUGGAUGCUGGGUGCCUUGCCCAGGUUACAUUACGCAAUUAAGGAGCUGAUAACGGUUUUGGUAAACCGAGCUAGCAACGAAAUAGAUGUGAUUGCGCCAGGGUAUACUCAUCUGCAGCGCGCUCAACCAAUACGGUGGAGUCAUUUCCUCUUGAGUCAUGCUUGGGCACUUGUCGAUGAUGUGACCAGACUGGAAGAACAGAAGACCCGACUUAAUCGUUGCCCAUUAGGAAGCGGUGCUAUCGCAGGCUGUGCUCUUGCCAUUGACAGAAUUAGACUGGCCAGAAACCUGGGCUUUGAAGAUGCUACUCCUAACUCUAUCUUUGCCGUUGGUUCCAGGGAUCAUUUGGUGGAGUUUUUCAAUUGGGCAUCAUUGUGUGGCGUGCAUUUGAGCAGAAUAGCAGAAGACCUCAUAAUAUACAGCACUCAAGAGUUCAACAUAGUACGCUUUUCUGAUCAAUUCUCUACUGGAUCCAGCUUGAUGCCUCAAAAGCGUAACCCGGACGGCUUGGAGCUUAUCCGAGGUGCCGCAGGCCUCUUACUCGGGGAUGCUUUGUCCUUCAGCUGCGUAUUGAAAGGACUACCAAGCACAUACAACAAAGAUCUCCAAUCAGACAAAGAGCUUCUGUUUAGAUCUUACGAUAGACUGAUGGACUGUUUGACAGUUGCUAUAGGUACCAUCAGAACUAUGGAAGUUAACUCUGAGAGGGCUUUGAGUUCUCUCGACCCUGGUAUGCUGGCAACAGACUUGGCCCAUGCUCUGGUCCGCCGCGGGAUUCCCUUCCGAAGAGCACAUCACUUUGUGGGCUCUGUCCUGCGCCGCGCUACUGCACUUAAUGUUACCCUCAAGGAGUUACCUUACGAAGAAUAUUAUAAUAUUUGUCCCGAAUUCGGAUCAAAGGAUGAACUCGAAGCUAUCUUCUCCUGGGACACAAGUGUGGAGCAAUACACUAGUUUGGGAGGCACCGCGAAGUCAGCAGUACUCCAUCAAAUAAGUACGCUGCGCAAAUGGCUUGAAAACCAACAGUGGCUAUGCAAGCACUAACCCUUAUGAAGUAUGGUAAAAAAAUAAUAAAAUGUGCUCUUUUCGUUUU